AUCCCACGUGAUUUCUGACUGGGUGUGGAAAAAGUUUAACUUGUACAUUUUUUUCUGUCUCAAACAGAAAGUUUUAAACUGAGAUGGAAUUGCUCUUCAGUUUAAUGAUAAGUGUAUACAAUAUAUACGUUAUUAUGAAAGAAAAUCUAACGUAACGGUUAGAGUUAAAACAAUUGGUCAAUUUAUAAUUUAGUCGAUCGACAGAGAAUUGAUCGUCAACUAUUUGAUAACUUAUUAUUCGUUUGAGUCACUUUUCAACAGAAAUACCAAACAUAACCCAGUUUUAGCCUCUCAGUUGUGAGGAUUUGUGUUUUUUUACUGCUGUUUUGUGUUUUGUUUUGUCUAAUACAAUAGUAAAUUCAUAAUUUGGGGGUUUUGGACUGCUGGUUGGACAAAACAAGAUAUUUGAAACCAUCAACUUGGUCUUUAGGAAACUGGAAUUUUUCACUAAUUUCUGACAUUCAUUAUAGUAUAUAUUUUUUGGUGUAUUUAUCGAUGUUUUGUUUUAACAAUCUUAUUUGAUAGGCCUACUGUGGAUCUUACAUGUUUUGUGAUCCUUGAUUCUCUUCACAUUUUGUCUGAUUAAUUUUAAGUCUGUAUUAUAUGUUUGGUAACCUCUAAGGUUCACGGUCCAUGUGGUGCUGCUAUCCUGGCCAAGACACUCACAAAACACUAUGUGAAACUCUUGGCUGCCUUGAAAUUGCAAGUUGACUUAAUUAGUGUUGAACAGCCUUGUUAGGUAUUCACUCAUCAAAUGUCUUGUCAUGUCUUACAGAAGCUGGUCAAAUCACAAGUCAGUGAGUCUAGGAAUGGUUCCUAGUAGUUAUAGUUAUUAAUGAUACAUAAUAUGUUUAUUUCAGUGCCUCAGUAAAUCAAAAUGAAUGAAUUACUGUCAGGUCUGCUUUGGUGCAGAGAUAUGCAAAGUUUACCAGCCUCUAAACUUAUUUUCAAGGAAAUUAAUAACUGAGGCUUGGUUGGGAUCUUAUUCCACAAAUAAUUUGAACAUAUCUGAUCUCUCCUGGAGGACAUUUAGGGGGCAUGAGCCGACAGCGAAUCUAAAUAUUUAAUGGAUUAAUGAUGUGAUGGAAAAUUUUCUGACUUAGAUGAAGCAAAAUACAUUCAUGCUUGCUUUCCUGUACUUUUCCUGGUGAAACAAAAGGGCAAUAAAAGGUCAAAUAAGAAUAAGAGAUGCCAUUACCAUAAAGCACACUGAUACAUCACUUCAUUUUCAAUCAAAAAGAGAACUGUAUGUCCACUUUCCACAUCAAAGAUGGACAAACUCAUAAAUAUCUCAUGCACUAGCCUCCAGAAAUUUGGUUUUAUGUUAUUAUGUAUAACAAAGCAGCAAGUCAAACACCAGAACUACAGUCCCUUAUAAAGUUCCUCAUAAAAAACAAAAAACAAAGCAAAAACAGUUUUACAAAACAAUCCUAGCUUAAGCACCCUUUAUCCAGAGCUUUCAACUGCAUUUCAGUCUCCUGUCGUGGGUGAAUGAGCGAACACCAUCGGCUGAUGAAGACCCUGAGAUGUGGUUGACAGCCCAAGAAAAGAAUCUGGUAAGUGGACCUUGAGUUAAGACUAUUUCCAAGGUCAAGAAUGAGCUUUCAUGCUCCAAAAACCUAUGUAUUUCAAAAAUCUGAAAUUAGAUGAAUCGUAAUCAUGGCUUUUGUUCCAAGUCUUAAGCAGAUGUCUCAUUGUGUUGGUGUCCACUUGAUAAAAUCUGCAUAUUUGCAAAUAAUCAUAAGCUUGAAAUUGACGUCCUACUGUAGUUGAGUCGCGAACAUGUAGAUGAGCUGGUUUCAGGUUGCACAGAGAGGCGCAAUUACAGACAGGACCGUGCGCUCUCCUCCUCCAGCUCCAUCACUGCCAUUCCUGUUUCUGUCACUAGGGAGAGACUCUGAACUAGGAAAGCUGUUGUUACCAAGCUCAAAGGGUCCCACAGCAGGCUGGUAGUGUUCAGAGUCUGCACCGCACCGCCAUCCGCACACUGGCCUGCGGGACGCGUCGCACUCUCCGUCCGGGAUGGAGAAAGACGCCUCUGAACCGGACCCAUCCCGCCAGCGGAACGGGUUCGUGGGCGUGCUGUACGGGGAGUUCACCGACAUGCUCAACGACAGGGUCCGGUACUCAGUGAGCCUGACGGAGAGCGCCCUGACCAUCCAGAAGAUCUCCUCGUCACCCGGCCGGACUAAGAUGGUUCUUAACUUGACCGACUGUGUCGGCUGCCGGGCGUACCGAGGGCCGGACAGCGCGGACGUCGGCGCCUACUUUACAGCCUAUUUCUACCCGUUCAAAAGGCGGUGGAUGAGCGCCGGAGUGGCCCGGCAGCGAGUGGAGCAGUGCUUUCGGGUCGCGCUGGUCCAGGACCCGCUCGCCAACCUCCAGGAGGCUGAGAGGUGGGCUCAUGCCAUCAGAGAUGCCUCUGUGAUGCAGGCACCCCGGAGAGAAGGUGUGGUGUACACGGAGGUGCGUCGUCCUUGCAGAGUCAUGAUACUGGUGAACCCUCACAGCGGACGCGGCCAGGCUCUACAGCUCUUCACUGGCCACGUGCAGGGCAUGCUCACCGAGGCCGCUGUCCCCUACACACUCGUCAUCACAGAGCACCAGAACCACGCACGGGAGCUGGUGAAGAAGGCGGACCUGUCACAAUGGGACGCCCUGGUUAUCAUGUCGGGAGAUGGGCUUCUGUUUGAGGUGAUAAAUGGUCUAAUGGAUCGAGAGGACUGGCAAGAGGCUAUCCAGACCCCUCUGGGGAUUCUACCAGGUGGCUCAGGCAACGCCCUGGCUGCCUCCGUCCACCACUACUCUCAGUCGCCCCCAGCAUGGAAUGAGGAGCUACUACUGAGCUGUGGUUUCAUGCUGUGCAAGGGUCUGGUUGGCUCCCUGGACCUGGUGUCGAUCCACCUGGCCUCUAGGCAGCGCGUCUUCUCCUUUCUCUCCCUGGCCUGGGGCUUUGUGGCUGACGUCGACAUUGAGAGCGAGAAGUACCGCCAUGUCGGAGCAAUCCGUUUCCUUAUGGGAACUCUGGUGCGCUUGGCCUCCCUCAGAGUCUAUCAAGGCAGGUUAGCGUACCUGCCUUUUAAGGAAGUGCCAAAACUUCCAAAAGGGAACAUCAAGACUACCCAGCUACCCUCCACACCCCAGCACCCCUCACUCUGCUCCUCCCUCCCCUGUCGGCUCAUCCCAAACACUUCUCCAAACCAGAACUCUCGCCACAAUUGCAACAGCACAAAUUCCAACUACAACACCAUCACCAACUCCUCCAAUAACGCUAUCACCACCAAAAGACCUGAAACUCAGAACGAUGACAAGACCAGAGCACCAGUGGACUCUCUGCUACCAGGCCUGGACCAGCCAGUCCCUGAGAGCUGGACUGUUGUCAAGGAGGAGGACUUUGUCCUGGUGCUGGCUAUUUACCAGUCUCACCUGGCCGAGGACCUGUGGACAGUCCCUGAUGCGAUGGCAGACGACGGGAUGAUUCACUUGUUCUACGUGACAGCGGGAAUCUCCAGGCCUGCCCUCCUGCGUCUCUUCCUCGCCAUGGAGAAAGGAGCCCACUUGGCGUGCGGCUGCCCACACCUGGUGUACGAAAAGGUGAAGGCCCUGCGGCUGGAGCCCAUCUCUCCACAAGGCAUGAUCACUGUUGAUGGAGAGAUGGUGGAGUAUGGGCCUGUUCAGGCUCAAAUCCACCCUGGACUGGCCAGACUCAUAUAUGGAUGAACUCGGAUUAUCUUAAUCUUUUUCUGGCUGUAGAGCUUUCUGGUUUGGCCUUUUACAUUCAGUGUCAGUUUCUUUAUGUAUGCUGUGUUUUCAGAAGUGCCAAAGACAUUUUGUCAGCCUCUGGAAAUUCCUCUAUUUUUCUACAAAAACAACUUGUCCUAUUUUUAUGGACCCCCCCCCCCCCCCCCCCCCCCUC